CACCAAUUGAUGGCUGAUUUGAUGGGAAUCGAUGGCGAGUGGUACCUGGAUGCCAGGGUGUGCUGCUGAAACAGCUUGCGCGUCUCGUCGACAAACGGACAAGGGAGGCUGUGUGCGCAUGCGCGCAUGCUCCUGUCACGACAACGGGUUGCAAUCAUCCAGCGACGAUAAAAGAAGCAUCUUCUGGAAGCGACCUUUCUUCUCAGCACGCAAACUCUCUCCAUCACGACAACAACACCCGAGACACUACCAAUCUUCCAAACUCACUCUUUUCGAUAACAACGACUUCGAUCACUUCAACCGACCAAUCACAAACGAAACUUUACAGCCACAAUGCAGUUCACUACCAUCCUCGCCUCGGCUCUUGCUGUCACUGUCGCUGCUGCUCUGCCACAAACCACCCAAGAAAACACCGAGAACUCGCCAGUAUCCUACGGCAGUGGCAGUGACAGCGACUCUUCUGCCACAUCUCCAAGCACUGGUUCUGGCUCUGGAAGCUACAGCCCCAGCCCAUACGGCGGAGACAACACCACAUCACCUUCUCCAAUCUAUCCGAUCACCAACGGCACCUCGCCAAGCGGCGGAGCGUUGCCAACCGGUACUGGCUCUGCUUCUUCUCCAACCGGAUCUGCUGGCUUCGUUGCAUCCACUGGUGGCGCGAGCAGGUCAUUCGGUAGCUCCGCUGCCAUGGGUCUCGUCUUCGUUGGCGGUGUUGCACUCGCUCUUUAAGCGUAGACUCGACGCUUCAUAUCUGAGACUGUUUGAAUCUGCAGCAUAGCGACGGGUUUUGAUAUUGGCGUUCAAUUGGUCAUUCGGAAGGAAUUAAUGCAGCGAACGAUUACAUGGCGAAAGCGUCGCAGAAUAGAGCUACACAUCAGAUGAUCUGUGGCACCACGCAUUGUACGAGGGAGGAAAACGAAAAAGGAGCUAGAUUUCCAGGGCAGACGCCCAACGGUAGGAUGAAUAGAGAGGACCACGACUGCCUCUCUACACGACGAGGACAGACAAUUGAGAAUUGAAUACAACACAUGUCGUAGAACCAUCGAUCAUCGUCAAUUCAACCUCGAU